AUGUUCAACUCAGAAUAUGAAAUAACGAGGUUACAGGGCGCCAACCAUUCGAUUGACCACUUAAAGCAGCUAUUUCUAUCUAAGUUUAACCUAAUAGCUGAUACACCGGAUUCAUUCCAGAUGUGGAAUCAAACAUUUGGCAGCGGAAACACUCUCACAUUCAUUAUGGUCGAUAUGGAUAAAAUAAAAGCUCAAAACUUAGUGGCCGCUGCAAAUGAUCUAUUGGGAGUCAUCAUGUUGGAGGACGGGCUUACACUGCGGCAAAAUAAUAGAGACCACUGGAUGGCUAUUGCGUUGCCUUGUGGUUGUGAUCAGGAGCAUUCGCCAUUCCCUUCCCUCCAGCAGAUUCCGAAGUCGUCAAAGUAUAUCCCGAUCCCGGGUGAGUGGCACGAUCCUAACAAAUGCACCAAGCAGCGGCCACCUUCCCCUAUAGUUCCACCUAGCAACUCAGGGCCAAAUACUGUGGCCACUUUGGGUUAUAUGCCUAUGCCUGUGUCCUCACUAUCUGGAGGCGAUAUCCCGAUGUCAGGAGUUUCAGCGAUGGCCUCGUAUCCUCCUUCUAAUCCAGUCAAAGCAGAACCUGGCACUGGAUACGCAGGUGAAAAUGAUACUACCAUAUCACCAACGGGGAGUGCCGUAUACUCCUCGCCUGUGUUCGGCAGCGUCGGGUAUAAUCUCGUUGCAGGCCAAGGUGCAUACACCGCACUACCGUGUAUAUCCUCUGGCAAUGUAGGUGUCACCGCUCCUACAGACCAACCAUUUAUGGAUACUUCGGCCUCGACGGAACAUGAGAUGAAUAGAACCUACAGCGCUUCAUUUCUAGAAUGGUAUAGGGAAUACCACCGAAAUGCAACCCAGCCAGGCAACGAGCAAGGUGGAGAUAAGUAA